AAGAAGCGAUCCAGCCACGACAGUCUUCAUUCGCAACUCGAGGAGUGCGCAACGGUGCAAACUUAAUCUGUUUAUCGGUUGUUAUCGUGUGUGUGUGUGUACCGCCGUACCGACUAUCGAUUAUUUAUCGCUUGUACUGAGUCAAGAUCUGAAGAUAAGACAGAAUGAAGUUCGUGAUAUUGCUGUGCGUGCUGAGUGCGCUGCUCCUGCAGAUCGAGGCCUCGCCGGUGCAGUUACUCUCCAGAAGCGAACGGGCUGUCGCCCGCCAGCAGGCGGUCAACAAUGAUGUGGCUCCAGCCGCGGCACCCGCCAGCGAUGACGAUGAUGAUGACGAUGACGAGGACGAUGAUGAUGAUGAGCCCGAUCUAGGAGAUCUGAUCGAUGAUGAUGAUGUUCUUUUGAUUUCGGGACUUUCAGAUGAUGAUGAGGAGGAGGACGAUGACGAUGAGGAGGAGGAUGACACGCCACAGGGACAAGCAGCGCCAGUGGCCGCCGCCAGCGAUGAUGAUGAGGAGGAUGAUGAUGAUGACGAUUAUCUAGACAGGCUGUUCGACGACAUCCUGGGAGAUGAUGAUGAUGAGGAUGACGAUGAUGAGGUCGCUCCCGCUGCCAGUGCCCAGCAGAGCUCCGUUGCCGCCUCACCUGCCCAGGCCUUGGAGGAGGUGGCACCCGCCGCCGCCUCCUCUGUCAGCUCUGGCAUCUCCGAUGGCGUGGAUCUGCCCGCCGAGUCUGGCAACGCUGUGGAGGCCGCCUCCGGCAAUGUCGAGGACAUUUCAUCGGCGGCUGCGGCAGCACCUGCCACGGCUGCAUCCAGCGGCAGCAACAACGAAGGUUUAGCUGGCGGCGACGACGACGAGGAGGCCGACGAUGAUGAGGACGACGACGAUGAUGAUAUCAUUGGUGAUGAUAUCAUUGAGGCCCGGCGCGAAGCACGUGACCUGAAGAACAACGUCAUCGACAUGUCUACGGAUGCGUUCCAGGCGCGGCAUAACCACUUUAUCGACGCCAUCUUCUCGCGCAUCAAUCGCAUCGUAUCCGACAAUUAUGAUCCCUUUGUGGUGCGUCUGGCCGGACGCGCAGCCACGCCCACCGCAGGCAGUGCCACAACGGUGAAGGCCUCCACCAACAAGAACAAAGGCACCAAGACCGGCGGACACAAGAAACUCAAGAACACACGCUCCGAGCCAAGGGCCAACAAUCAGGCAAAGGAGGAGGACGCUGGCAAAUUGCAGGAGCAAUUGAUGCAAUUACAGUCGGAGCUGGCCAUCAAAGCCAUCGAAAAGAAGCCCGUUGCCGCUGACCAGGCCGCAGUUUCGGCCUCUACUCCUGCCAUGGCCACUGAUUCCGAUGCACCCAAAGCGGAAGUGCGCACAGUGUCCGGUGGCAAAAGCGGCCAAAAGAAAUCCACUGCGAACGCGGCGGCGGGCGCCUCAACUCAGACCCACAAGACCCGCAACACCAACAAAAAGGCUUCGGGUACGACAGCUGUGAAAUCUGGCAACUACAAUCAGCCGGCGGGUGCCAGCAAGGCCGGUGAUGUAGAGAAGCUGCAGAAGGCCGAGGGCAGUCUCUCUGGGCUGGCCUCCCUCAAACGGGUGGGAAAUGUGAAGGUUGUCAGCGACGCGGAGGGACGAAACUCCACGAUUAAGGCAAAGUUCACGCUGGGUCCGCUGAUACUGCGUGUGGAGAAGUCCUUCAAGCGCGGCAGCGUGAGGAGCGUGAAGAGCGCCACGGCCAGGACCAACGAGAUGAUCGGACGCAUCAAGUUCAGUGUGGUGGACGAUCGGGCCACCCUCAUGUCCAUCAAGGUGCAGCAGCCCAAGCAGGUGGAGGUGGAGAGCAAGGACAAUCACGAUAGAACACGCGAAUUCGUGUGGCGCCGCACGCCAAAAAUUGCCAAAUUGGUCAACGAGAAGCUCAAAUUGGCCGCCGAAUCGCUGUUUGCGCCGCAGGGCGUUGAGGUGGUACGGCUCUAAAGCAGAUUUAAAGCAUAGAGAAUAAAGGGAUGUGCUCCUUGUCGUCCUUCUCCUUCAACGACUCUUCUCAGCUAUCUAAAUUGUAGUCCUACGCUUUAAUGUAAUGUGCCUAAUUUAUUUAUUUAUUUAAUUUAUUAACCUAUCCAUUUAUCGGCCCCAUCUAUCGAUAAUAAAUGCAACUCUGACUCUGCAAA